AUGAAUGCAUCAUUAGCACUAGGAUAUCCAGCAGAAUACCAUGCCAAUCCAAUCCUUGGACCAGAACCGAUGGAAAUACCAGUAUCACCAACGUUUUGCCAAGAAUCCAAACACACAAAUGGUCUAAUUAUGGUAUCAGACAAGAAGGUGAUACAUUACAAAAUCAAUAUAAUAUCUGAAAUUGCAACAAAACGCAAGACAUUUGCUGGAAAGACUUAUCGCGCUAUACUAUCAUCAGAAGGUCGUUACAACGAAGUUGCAUUCAAACGACUCAAGAAGUCUUACUAUCAAGAAGAACUUUUUGAAAAAUGUCUUGAUUUACUGCAUGUAGGACAUCGACAAUAUGCUACUGAAUUUUCGAGUGCUGCAAAAAAUAUUCCAUACCGUAUUCAAGGUGAAGAUUAUAUCUGCAAAAUUGCCGGUUUCAGCACUAAUGAUAAGAUGUAUGGUCCAUGGGUGGCAUAUGAAUUUGUGAGCGGGAAUUCGCUAGAUGUAGCACUUGUGAUGCGUAAAAAAGACGGAUUACCACCACUGACAAAUCGUGCUAACUUUGAAAUCAUGUACCAAAUAGCGGCUGGAAUGCGAUAUCUUGAAAAUAACGGCUUAUGUCAUCGAGAUCUUCGAGCAGCGAACAUUCUCGUUUAUGUACAGCAUCAGUAUUCAAUGGCUAUCAAAAUUACCGAUUACAUGCUAACCCUCUCCAUUUUAAGUAAACUGCCAGAAAAUUCAGACCUUAGCUCUUUGCACUGGAGAUGGAUGGAUUAUGAAGCUCUUGAAUAUCGUCAAUUUGGUAUCAAGACUGAUAUUUGGUCAUUCGGCUGUGUAAUAUUUGAAAUUUUAAAUCCCGGAAAAUUGCCAUAUUCACUAGAAAAAAUUCCAAUCGAAAAUCCGCAAGGGUACUUCUCAGGCUGA